CAGGCGCCCCACUCAUGACGUUUGUGUCUGCUGUAGCUCAGCUACACACGUCCACGCGCGAUAUACUCAUCCAGAGGGAGGCUGGGCGAGCUUUGUGUGCGUUCUGCGCCGCGGCCGCCGAGGUUUGUUGCAGCUCCAGGAACCUCGCCCUUGGCCAACACCGGCUCUUUGAUGGUUGGCUGGAAGGGCUGCUGGGGACCUGUAGCUGCGCUGACCUGCAGCAGCUGCUGGUGAGCAUCACGACGUCGCUGGCGCCCGUGCUCUACUCGGCCGGACCUGGUGCUGCCUCAGGCGACCAGCUGGUGGCGAGCAUAGAGCGCAGCGUGGGGAGCUUCCUGCUGCAGCACAGCACCACGCAGACGCCUCCUGAGGAGCUCUCUGACGCGGCCGCUGCCCUCACCCUCUCACACGCCGCCCUUGCAACCCUCAACCAAGUCACCGUCAUACCCGCCACCAAGAGCCCCUGCAGCUCUAAUAUGGACGCUUCUAACAUCGCCUUUAAGGCUUCUGGUGCCUCUGACUACAGAGUGAACCAUAAAGAAGCAGCAUCCGUUAUUUUUAAUCACUUUCUUUGUAGUGAACGAGUGAACAUAGAGUGUCAGCUGCGUUACCUGAGUGUACUGCUGCUGCCGUCACUCAGCCGCCGCCCUUCCAACGUUGAAGGCCGUCGCUUGCUGGUGACUGAAGUGUCGCUGGUGCCUCAACCUCCAGGUUCCCUGCACGUACAAGAGGAGGCGAUGGUGUCGCGCUUCUUCUGUUACGUCGCGGCGCUGGGCAGUGACAACACUCAGCUCCUCGCCCUUGUUGCCCCCGUUAUGGAGCUGGGCGUCGUCAGAGGCUUCCUGCCCAACCCUCCCGCCUGCCCCUUCGCGGCGUUGCUUUCCCUCGUAAAAGCUCUGUCCAGAGAGCACCAGAAUGCGGCCACUCUUGCUAGUAAACACCAGAUGCAGCGGUGCUGCAUGUCGCUGCUGCAGGGUCUCGACAAGGCAGUUGUGGCCGCCAUGCAGCAAACUCCUCCCCCCUCUCACCUCGCUCAGCUGCUGGCCACGCUCGCUGACGCGGUUCUCCACGCCCCUUACUUACUCUACAACAAGAGUAAAGGAACGAACUGCCCACUGGGAGCUUGGUUGUCGUGCAUUGUGCUGACGAAGGCAUCAUAUAAGUUGGACUCGGUGAUGCCUCUACAUAUCACCAGGCCCAUGCAGCAGUCUCUUCCAAAAUUUGUGCUUGGUUUGUGCUCCCUGCCAGUGCAGCAAGAUGCUUUCCUGAGUCGCCUGGUUCGGUCUGUGCUCACGAACUACAUGCAUCGCUACCCCGCCACUCCUCAACACCCUUGUGUCGUGAUGCUGUGCGGGCUGGAUGGCGCGGACGCCGACGCGGUAGACAGGCUAUAUACUGUCAACCGUCGGGGGAGCUUGUAA